AUGGCACGACCCCCAGCCCCCUCUACUAUCCCCCACGACCCCACGAACACCCUCGCCCUCCUCCUCCCCCACCCAAACCUCUUCUCGCCCCCGGUCCUCUCCCUCUUGCGCGCCCACUAUGAACAAUUCGGGCGUAUAGCCCACUGGGCCCCUGUGAGAGGGUUUGGCAGAGUCAUAGUAGUAUUUGAGAGCGAGGAAGAAGCCGAGGUGGCCAAGGCUGAAGGAGACUGGCUCAAGUUGGAGGUGCCUGUAGGUGGCGAAGGCAGUCAACAUGGAGAGGGAGAGGAACUCGUGCUUAGAUUGCUCUAUCUGCCAAACACAGAGCUCCAUCCAGACCCCGCCACCACCCACCUCGCCCCUCCACCAUUACCCCACAACUUCCUCAUCUCUCCUCCCGGCUCCCCGCCCGAAGGCUGGGAACCCAUAGCAGAAGAUGCCCCUAAUCGAAACAUCCUCCCUGAAGACCUCCAACGUGCCCUUGAAGCUCUACAGCUGAAUAAAGGCAGGGGCGAUGAUGGGAAGGAGGUCAUUUUGGAUGAAGGUGGGGUGAGGGUGGAGGUGGAGGAUACGAGUAGACAUGAUGAGGUGCAAGAGGGGUCGGAUGAUGAUGUGGAGGAAUAUGUGGAAGGAGGAAAUGUUGCUUGGAGCUUGCCGAGUCAGAUAAAUGGAGUGGGGACGCCGAGAGGAGGUGCAACGCCUGCGUAUGGUAUCAAGAUUAUACCUACUGCGAUGCCUCCUCGGUAA